AUGGCUUCCGAGGAAAGCUUUUGGACAUUGAGCUUUGACGGAGCAGCAUCCGGAGCUGAGUAUGAGGCUCUUAUUUUAGGCUUGAUAGCAGCUGAGAAGCACAGUAUCAAGAAGAUUCGGAUUCGGGGGGACUCAAAGUUGAUAGUGAAGCAAGUUUCAGGACAGUUCAUCUUAAAGGAGCCUGCCUUGGCCACAUAUCGAACAACAGUCCAAAGCUUUCUUGACAAAUUUCAGAAGGUCGAAAUAGAGCAUGUGCCUCGUUCCGACAACAAGUUUUCAAAUGCCCUCGCUACAUUAGGGGCAAGAGUUGAUAUCCCAGAGGAGGAGGCGACAAUUAUUAUCAAGAAGAGAACAAAGCCUUCGAUAAUACCUGAAGACAAAGGCCUUCCAGAGGACUGGAGAGGAGAAGUCCUCGAACAACUUAGAAGCAAAGUUGGAAAAUUGACUAUGGCCAAGCUUGCCCAAUUCAUAAUUAUUCAAGGUGAACUUUACUUCUAA